AUGUGCGCAUACUCACGUUCUUGCGUUCUCCUCAUCCCUGCGGUCUUAUUGUCUUUCUCACCCCACCCCACAACAAUCCAUCAUUCACCCACAUUGUUUUGCCUACCAGUUUGCAGUUUUGUGCUGGCCAACGCUCGUAUCGUGGACUAUCCGAUUGUGUACUGUAACGAAGGAUUUUCCCGUCUCACUGGUUACAGUCGUGUUGAUAUUAUGCAAAAGAGCGGGAAUUGUGCCUAUUUCUACGGGGAACAGACCUCGACCGAGAUGCGUGAACGAUUGCUCAAAGCGCUGGAUUCGCAAACCCCGGAUCAAAUAGAAAUGCUUUUGUACAAGAAGAAUCGUACGUCUUGCAAUUCGCCCAUUUGGGUGCUUGUUUGCGUGGCCCCGGUGCGAAACGAACAGGAGGAAGUGGUCCUGUUUCUUCUCGCUUUUCGUGAUAUCACCCCGUUGAAAACGCCAUUCGAGGACGAGGAGACUACGAAAGGUGAGUGA